AUGCCGUAUGGACAAGCAUGGCGGAAUCAGAGGAAAAUAUAUCAAGCCAUUCUCAGCAUCACGGCGGUGCGCGCUCUCGCACCAUUGCAGGACGCUGAGUCUACGUUGACCGUGUAUCAACUCGCACAAUCUCCUGAACGUUACUACGACCAUAUUAGGAGGUACUCCACCGCGGUGAUCCUGUCUUCAGUUUUUGGUAUCCGCGGGCCCGAGUUCAACCACCCCAAUAUCACGCGCCUUUACCAUGUCCAGGACCAAUUCACCGCCAUCCUGGAGACAGGGGCAACGCCCCCCGUUGACGUAUUUCCCUUCCUCAAACGUCUGCCUGACUUCGUAUCCCCCUGGCGCCGUUGGGCCCGCCGAAUUCGAGCUGAGCAGCGACAGCUUUACUUUGAGCUGCUGCAGGAGGUCAAGAUUCGGCGGGAACGAGGGAUCAAGGUGAACUGGUUUAUAAGCCAAUUGCUAGACGAGAAAGCGAAGUACGAAUUGGACGACGAGCAUAUUGCAUAUAUUGGUGGUGUGCUGAUGGAAGGUGGUUCGGACACUACCGCGUCUACGCUACUUUCGUUUUUACUGGCCAUGGUCAAGUAUCCUAAGGUGUUCCGAAAGGCCCAGGAAGAGGUUGACCGUGUCCUUCGCUGGAGGCCGGUUGCAGCAGGCGGUAUUCCACAUGUGCUGAUCCAAGAUGACGAAUACAAAGGGUACAAAUUUCCUACAGGCACCACAUUUGUGGCUAAUGCAUGGGCAAUCCACCAUGAUCCGGAGCUCUACGACUGCCCAGAAAGCUUCAUCCCAGAGCGCUACGAGGACAAUCCUCUAGGCUUCAAACCUGAUAUCGAGGAAGUGACGGAUGGCAUCCGGAAGACAUACGGGUUUGGAGCAGGUAGACGGAUUUGUCCUGGCUCCCAUCUUGCUGAAAAUUCCCUGCAUAUUAACGUGGCGAAAAUCCUCUGGGCCUUCGAUAUUCGCGCCGGAACGGAUCCCAGCACGGGACGCCAGCUGCAAGGCGAAGAGGUUAAUGUUGACAUAGCAACGCAGUGGACAGAUGGAUUUCUGAUUGCGCCGAAGCCAUUCCCGAUGGUUAUGUCGUUGCGCUCGGAAAAGCACCGUGAGGUGUUGAACAGGGAGCUUGAUGAGGCUCAGAAGAAAGAAGACAAAAUGCGAUAUGAGGCAGCCCACUUGCGGGCUUUGCGAGAGGACUGGCGGAUCCUGCACCUUUCCCACCAGAAGAAAGACACCCGACGAUCUUCAACAUUAAUGCUUACGCCAGAACGCCUCGUUGACUUGCUCGAGUCACGACUCGGCGAUAGACAGGAUGUUGACAUGCUGGCGUGGCGGCUGUCUGGGAUGGACCAUUCGACUGUUGGUUCCAGCGACAGUGAAUUUCGUACAUUGACCUCGCUCAAUCAUAGGGAGCGAGCUCAACAGGCGCGGGAAGACAACGCCGACGAAGCCGUUUUCUUGACGAGAACCCCAACUAGUGCCUUGAGUAAUCACAUCACUGACGACUGGGUCUCCCGGGCCUCACCCCUUCACUCCUUGAGAGAUGGUGACGGAGACGUAGACGCGGGUUGUGGGUGGUGGUUGGCCGUUCCGGAAAACGUCCUUACUGAGCUUGUUCAUCUGUUUUUUGACAAGAUCCAAGGCUGGCUUCCGCUUCUCCACCAACCGCGGUUCUUCGAUCAUUAUGUGAAGAAUUGCGUUUUCGAUAAACGAAGCGCACCAUCCUUUUCAAACACUGAGUCACUCCUACUUUGCGGCAUGUUUGCCCUCGCUGCCCGACACUCGUCAAACCCUUAUUUCCAGGACAUUCCAGCACCAGACCGGGGACAGCGAUUCGCAGACGACGCAAACAAGUAUUACGAGAUGGCUCGUACGUCCGAACAGAGCCCAAUGCUUGGGUACCUUCAAGGCUGUAUCUUGCUCGCCUUCUAUCAGUACACUUCCGGGCCUUCCCAUCGCGCCUGGAUCCUUGCUGGUGACUGCGUUCGUCUUGCCUACGAUUUGAAUUUGUGCAACAUGGACGAGCAGCAAGACGACUGCCGGAAGCCAACAGAAUGGUCCAUUUUAGAGGAACAACGACGAGCGUUUUGGCUGGUUUGGGAAGUUGAUACGUUUGGCUCCGUCAUGUCGAGACGUCCAUGCUCUAUCAACCGCUCAAUGAUAGCCGUACGGCUGCCUGUUAAUGACGCAGCCUGGUUCGCCGACAACCCGGUCAAGUCUCCCAUUAUUGAUCCAAGGCCGUCUGCAGUAUGGGAGAUACUACUCGAUUCGCCGAACCAAGGCGAUCGAGCAUGGUACCUCGUUGCCAAUUUCCUCAUGACCAUUGCGAGCGAAUUCGCUGCCAGUCGACACAUUUGUACGCGCGAUAAGGACGAGCUCAUUGAUGCCAUCACAUGCUACUCUCUCGUCAUUUCGCAGAGAUUCAGCCUGGAAAGCCUCGAUCUCUCUGGUCACUCCGACGACGCUGCAAAGCACAACUGGGUGAUUGGCAUGCACCUGUUAGUUGCGUGUGGCCGCGCUACGAUACGGGCCAGUUUCGCAACUCAACGCCCCGAGAUGCUGAGCUUCUCACGACACUUGUCUCGAAUCUUAUACCAAUGGCAACCCGAGUACAUCCGUUUGAGCCACCCGUUUCUUGCAUGCUGCUUGCUAUCAGACCUGGCAUACCCCUCAGAAGAAACAGUGCUGGCCCCAGAUCUAAGAGGAAUGUUGAUCCAUGGCGACCGUCCUUCGGCAGAGAUCUCGUUCGAAAAGCGCUUUGCUCUAUACUUCCCUCCUUGGGCACACCCUAGGUCCUCCAAUACCCCUAACGUUAGCCGGUCUGGCUUAAUACUAGGGAUCACCGGUGAGAAAAUGGGAGAGGAUAAUAGGGGUAGCGAAGACAACAACCCCACCCCUAUUCCAGGACUAAAAAAGCUCACGCAACCCGGGGCAGAGUUAGGGCAUAUAGUGCCUGGAAUGGUCGAGCUCGCCAGUAUAUCUAGUAGAGAAUUGUCCAAGUUCUUAGACUUUGAUGGCCGAAAUGAGUGGAAUUCACGAGACUCGCUCGAUUACGUCUUUGAGAACAAUGAGCAGUUGAACUAUGUACAGUUACAGGGGUUAAGAAGUGGCGGGUAUGCUGACGAACUACAACAUGCGUAG